AAGUGCUUAACAAAAUUUCGUAAAACUAAAGUAAUAACGAGAGGAUAGCGUGAUAAAUGGUUCUCAAAGAUGACUGUUAGUGAAGCUAAUAAUUUUGUGACGAAACUCAAAGCGCAUGGAUCUGAAAACGAUUACUGCAACUUGGAAUCGGCGUGUAAAGAUUUCAGUGUUUUGCUUACGGCAUUAUCCACAAAAGAUAAACAAUCCUUUUCAUUGAAUGUUUUAUGUAUAUUAUGCAGAAACCUAGAAAAAGUGUCAUCAUGGCGAGAAAGAAUAAACAACACAGAACUUAUAAAACUCAGUAUAGAGUGUGUGAGACAGACCAGAGGGUUGCAAGGGGACGAGCGAGUAAAGAACCUCGCUUGUAUAUACCAUGUUCACAAAUAUAUUGUAAGACAGAACGCAUCAGUACCUCCAGAACUCAUUCUCAAAUUGUCCUUCAUGCCGUUCGAAUGCGAUGCAGACAGCCUCCUCAAAGAUUACCACAAAACCUAUUGGAGUAUACUCGCUGAUCGAAUUGCUUACAUCGAAAGACUUAAGACGAAACUGGCCAUAAAGAAACUACUGCCCAAAUUCAGCGAUGACUUGGCCAAAGUGAUUAUCAUAUACAAGGAUAUUUAUGACUUCUGCUCUAAUUUAUUACCGAUUAUCACAAAAAAGCUAUAUCACGUGUUUAAUGAUGCUGCAGAAUUGAAUGAGAGCUUUAGGAGAAUAUUUGAUGCGAUUGCAUCACACUCGAAUGCUAUAAAACAGUGCAACGAUAAACAGUUAACGGAAUUGUAUGUGAAAUUCAACGAUUGCAUCUAUGUUGUAACGGAGAACUCGAGUAAGAUCGACUUCAAGAAUUCCCCACUUGAAGAUAUUAUAAGGACAUGCUUGGCGUUACUUGGCCACCGGUCUGACAUAUUCCAUUGCUUACAAACGUUCUAUUUGAACUCGUUUCUGUACAUUUUCAAUAGAAGAGCGAAUGAUAUUGAUAAUGUGUUUAAGAAUUUAUUAGUUUCCUGCGAAACUACGGAAAAGUUGGGAUAUAAGAGCCUAAUGUAUGCGACAUACCCGUUUCUAAACCAGAUGCUUCGGUUAUGGAUCGAGUCGUACGGAAUGAAUGUUUCGAAUAUGGAAGCCAGCUGUUUGAGUUUUGUAUUGUUUUUAAUGGGCAAAGCGAAAAGAUGCAGCCAGCUGGUUAAAUGCGAGAACUGCAGUUCGAAAACUGGCUUACACGACGCCCUGCGCCUGAGCUUUCUCGUCAAAAACUUGAUAAAUAGAGCCGUGAACGAUAAUUCGUUCGCAUCGAAAUCGGAGAUAUUCCAAGCGAUCAGAGACGAACAAUAUGCCAUAUUGGACGAGUUGAAAUCAGCUGGUUGCGUGAAUACUUGCAAAUAUCACGUCAAGCUGCAAACGGAUGUUCACAACAGCGCCAUCUUGUUGCACAAGGCGGGAAACUACGAGUUCUCUAUAACGCUGUUUGACGUUUAUUUGAAAAAGGAAUUCGAGAAUUCGAAGGGGGCGGAUUUUAAGAACGUGAGCCGCGGCCUCUAUAAUAAAAGUAUAUGCGAAUUGGAUAACAAAAUGUAUGACACGGGCGUGCGGGAUGCGUUCUUGAGUUUGGCGUUUUCGCAGGAUUUUAAAAGCGAGAAAUAUAUGAGUCUGGUUGUGGAUAUGAAGGGGAAGGCGGCGAAGAGUGCGGAGGACAAUGGCAAUAAUCAGGAAUUGCAGUUCGUAUCCGCGCUGAGCGCUUGCGAAUCUGUGGCGGGCAGCGUUGAUGUGAAACCUUUUUUGCGGAAUGUUAAAUUUAGCCAACUGUUAAAGCAUGAAUUCGCUAUUUAUGAAAAACUGUGGCCAUCUUUGGCUCCAAUAACUGGCGUUAUACAAUCCUUGCACAAGAUGAUGAAUUCAGAUGGUUUUUGGAGUCAUGGUAAGUAAUUUGAU